AUUACUUUGUGGCAAUGUUCAAUUGUCUUUUGAGGAUUAGCUGCAUUUACUUCAGUAUUUUAAAUCUGUUGACAUUUUGGGUAGUGAUGGCUCAGCUCCAGCAAGGAGGCCCAGAUGAAAAAGAGAAGACCACUGCAUUAAAGGAUUUAUUGUCUAGAAUAGACUUGGAUGAACUGAUGAAAAAAGAUGAGCCACCACUUGAAUUCCCUGAUACUCUGGAAGGAUUUGAGUACAUUUUUAAUGAAAAAGGACAAUUAAGACACAUAAAAACUGGGGAGCCAUUCGUGUUUAAUUAUCGGGAAGAUUUGCAUAGAUGGAACCAAAAGCGCUAUGAAGCUCUUGGGGAGAUCAUUACUAAAUAUGUUUAUGAACUACUGCAGAAGGAAUGCCACUUGAAGAAAGUAACUCUCCCAGUUGAUGCAACUGAGAGUGAACCAAAGAGCUUUAUCUUUAUGAGUGAAGAUGCACUAAUAAAUCCUGACAAGCUCCUGGUCCUAAUUCAUGGUAAUGGUGUUGUCAGAGCCGGUCAGUGGGCUAGGAGACUUAUAAUUAAUGAAGAUCUGGACAGUGGCACACAGAUACCGUAUAUAAAGAGAGCUAUUGGGGAAGGCUAUGGAGUAAUAGUUCUGAAUCCCAAUGAGAACUAUAUUGAAGUGGAGAAGACAAAAGCCCAAAUACAGCUGUCUUCUGAUUGCUCAGAUGAACCUGCAGAAAAGAGGGAAAGAAAAGAUAAAAUCCAGAAGGAAACAAAGAAGCGACGUGACUUCUACGAAAAGUAUCGAAAUCCACAAAAAGAAAAAGAAACUAUGCAGAUCUAUAUUAGAGAUAAUGGAUCUCCUGAAGAACACGCAAUUUAUGUUUGGGACCAUUUUAUUUCCCAGUCAGCUGCAGAGAACGUGUUUUUUGUUGCUCACAGUUAUGGUGGACUUGCCUUUGUAGAGUUGAUGAUUCAACGAGAGGCAGAAGUAAAAAAUAAGGUAACUGCUGUGGCGUUGACAGACUCUGUUCAUAAUGUGUGGCAUCAAGAAGUUGGAAAAACUAUUCGAGAGUGGAUGCGAGAGAACUGCUGUAACUGGGUGUCCAGCUCCGAGCCCCUGGACACUUCAGUGGAGUCCAUGCUGCCAGAUUGCCCCCGUGUCUCUGCAGGUACAGAACGCCAUGAACUAACUUCCUGGAAGAGUUUUCCAUCUGUUUUCAAGUUCUUCAGCGAGGCUGUAAAGGCAAAGAACAGCUUGGUGAAACCAACCCCAAUGCGGCGCUCCAACAGGAUAAAAUAUGAAGAAUUCUAAAAGAAGGGGAGACAAAAAAAAUCUGCCACCACCACCACCACCGAUGUCUUUGCUUGUUUUCUGCAAGGAGUCUCCCAGCCCCUCAUUAGAUUGUUUUCUUCCUAGAGCACAGGGUCGUGAUGUAUACAUCUAAAUAGCGUUUUGCAUUAUUUCUAGAUGAGUGCAACUGUCAAAGCAAUAUGGGUUCACUGGUUGUGCUUCCUGUGGGCUGUAACUUGGAUUUCGUGCUACUCAUCAGCGCGCAGAUUAAGGCUGACAGUGGUACUGCACAGUGCAGCAUGGUGCAGCUCUAAUUGCCCUGACAUAGCCCUGCACCAAGCUGAUGCCAGAAUUUAGCAGCUUCGUCGCAGUCCUAUCGCCUGCAGGAUUUUUUGCAGCUUCCUUCUAUUUUGAGACAGAACAAAAUAGGAAUUACUCUUUUUUGAAAGACAGCUCUCUAACUCAGACAUGUUAAACCAGCCUAUGAUUUUACACCCAGUAGCCUUCUCUUUCUCUGGGACCAAGUGGGAUUGACUUUUAACUCUUUCAUUUUUCUGCUGGUAAGAGUAUCCAAGAAGUUUGGUCCAGAAUUCUAGGAAAGCUCCAUUGUUGUAGAGAUUUUCUCCUCCUGCCUCAUCAAUGGCAUUAUCUGUAGAUCUUAUCUUCCCUUUGAAAGCUCCAUUUAAAAAAAAAAAAAGCCUAUUCAUUAAUGGGCUGGAUCACACUGUGAAAUAUGACAGCAAAAAAAAAAAAAAAAAAGAAGAGAGACACGCUGCAUAUUUUCCUGUUUACUUUUAAACACAAAAAUGCUUCCAUUUUCAUAUGCUGGGUUUGUAAUGACUUGCCAUCUCGUGGUUUUUCCCUUUUACCUAAACUCACAUGUUCAUCACCGCUUUCCCAAGUGCUCAGGUGAAGGGUGGCCAGUGGGGCUACUCUGUGUGGGGACACCACGCAGCACAUGAUGGGGAUGUGGCUGUAGCCAUCACGGUUGCUGUAGGCAGCUUCUCUCUGCUAAAAUUAAGGGACAAGACAUGCCUGAUAGCAUGCCCUGUGAGCAAGCACACUAAUUAAGCUCCUUUACUAUUGAUGAUACUAAAUUAAAGUGAUCUUUUCUUGGGUGGCCAUGCACCCCCUCACCCUCACCCCGAUACUGUUAGUGCUGAGGAAGCAACACUUGAACACAUGGGUUUGGGACUCCCAUCCCACCCCUCCCCAUGGAACGUUUCCAAUCCCACAGGUGGGGGGCCAGAAAUGGUGGUGGGGAGCAUUAAAACGAGGUCACGUGGAAGCUGGGGUAGUAGUGAGGUGCAAGGGGAAACCCAGCUGGGUUUGUGCCUAAAUCCUCCGGCGGGGGGGGCUGUCUGUACCCGCGGAGCUCUCACAUCCCUGCCUGCUUCUACCAGCACUAGGACUUUGCUUCCCCAGCUGUCGGCUCCAAUCGCCUCACUUUGUUUAACGUCUCCCCUUGGGGAGGGAUGCUUGGAGCAUCUCCCUGGGGAGUGUGGGGGAGGUGUUAGGCCAUGCCUUCACAGAGGGAAGUGCAGAAUCCAUGCCUGGCAGUUUUUCUUCCCGAAGGGAAACCUGUUGCUAGGGGGAGAGGACUGCAUCCGGCUCCUCCUGCCUGGCGGUCUCCGCCUUCCUUCCCAUUUGGGGGAUGCUGUUGCCUGUGGCUGGCCUAAUCUCCCACCUCAGGGGCCUGCAACCCCUCCUCCCCAGGCCCGUGUCCACCCCAGCCCCUGGACCCUUAGGGGGAAAGGAGAGAGUUUACGUGACGUGGUUUGGGUGUCUGUGCUUUGUCCCACAGCCGGGGAGGAUGGGGUGGCCAGGGAGGUUUGCACGCACAUCCCGCCGCCCUCCUCUCUCCAUUGCUGGGGAGGUGCAAUGGGGUCUGUGGGGUGCCAAAUAUUGCAGAAGCAGAUCUAUUUUUUUAACUGUCAAUGAGAAACAAACUUUACAAAAAUUUCUACUGUAAUGCUUACCCUUUUCUAAAAGUAUUUUCCUUUACUGUGCUCCCGGUCCAGCUCGCGUUAUCGCUUCUGUAGGGGACUGUAAAGCACAGGGGGUCCUGGUACUGCUCUGCUUGCAGUGAACAAAAAAUAAAGAUACUCUUUUCUCUC